CAAACCAACUGACUCAGUACCACCACCACCACCACAACCACCACAACGACCACCUCCUCCUCCUCCUCCUCCUUCAGUCCUUCUCGUUGGGAUGAGAAUGGAGGAAUGGGAUGGACGAAACGAACCAAUCAACCAACCUACCAACCCAACCAACCAACCAACCAAUCAACCAGGAAACCGAUGA